CGGGGAGCGAUACGAACUGUUCGUCCGUCACGGCGCAACAAUGGCCGCCCCCGUGGUUACGUGCACAUGCAGAACCUGCUCGAAGGCUCGCGUAACACUCGAGAGAAUCUUCAACGUCCUAGACACGUACGGCUGGUUGCUAGACUCGUACGUCGUGAACAACGAAAUCGACCUCGAAAUCCGGCGAAUCGCAUUGCAGGAUUUCUUCCAAGAGCGACUGUGGGAGAAAUUGCCGAGCAGCUGGAGGAGCACGCUGCAAACCGUGUCGCCCGACGAAUUCGGCGAGUGGUUAGCUGGCGACAUCUCGUGCUCACGCGCAUGGCCAUUGUCACUGCUCGCGCUUCGACAAGUUGCGAGGGAUUUACAACUAAACAGAGAUCAUCGAAAUGACGAGAGCGGCUGGCGAUGCGACGGAGGGAAAAAGUUCGAGUGCGGCUCGGAAAAUUCUGUCCUGGAAAAUAAAAAUAAGGGAUUAAGCGAUACACCUGCAGCUUUGAGCAAGCACAACAAUCUCUUUCUGAAACACGUUAAAAUAAAGAAACGACACGAGAUACAGCAAAUAGCGCGGAUAUGCGCGGACUGUGCGCGAGAGUCCAAUGCCAAGUGCAUUGUAGAUGUUGGAGCAGGCGUGGGUCAUUUAGCCCGAUCCUUAGCGUUUAAAUACGGCCUAAACGUAACGUGUAUUGAACAAGACGCAUUACUGUCACAACAAGCCAGGAAAUGGGAUAACGAAUUGUUAAUGACUUUGUCUAAACAUUUGCCUGACUUGCCAGUAAAUACGCCGCAACACGUAUCGAUCAAGCUGGAAAAUAUCAACUCUGAUCGGUCAGCGACGAUCAGGGACAUACGAAGAAUUUUCUCCCAUAACUUUAAUUCGGGUGAGAAGAAAUCGAGGUUUGGCAUUGUCGGCCUGCAUCCGUGUGGAGAUCUCGCGGCCACGCUACUGAAACUUUACGCGUCUCAGAGCGAGGCAAGAUUUAUUUGCAUCGUGGGGUGCUGUUACAUGAAGCUGACAUUGGAAAGUCCGGCGAAUAUUACAAAUGGAUAUCCACUCAGUAAAUAUCUGUCGUCAUUUGGAAAACGCAAAUUAUCCUAUACAGCGUUGGAAGUGGCGUGCCAUGCUAUCGAGAGCUACCGCGACAAGCUGAAGACUGGGAACUACGAGGAUCUAAUGGUGCACGCUUACAGAGCCGCUCUAGAAACCAUUUUGAUAAAACGAAACAGCCAGCUACGUCACACUCAAGUGAGGAACGUUAAAGUGACGAGACCCGUUACGUUUGAACAAUACUGCACGGCCGCGACCGCGGACUUCGAGCCGAAUCUCCGGCCUGAAGAUUCAGACUUUCAAAAUCCGCAGAUAAAAUCGUAUCUGAAUCAGUGGCGGCAGAUUGUGAUAUUCGGAGCGUUGCGCACAAUGCUGGCACCGUUGGUGGAAACCGUAGUGUUGUUGGACAGGUUCCUGUAUUUAUCCGAAAAUGAUUUAUUUCCUGUAUUGAAGCCUAUUUUCGACCCCAGAUUGUCUCCUCGAAAUUUUUUAUUGUUUUCUAUGAAAAAUGUCAAACAAUCGCCCUGCUGAUUAUGUCUGUAUCUUUUUAUACCUCUUACUAAAAUAAAACU